GUCGGGUUGUUGUAGUUCCUGUGCAGCUGUCAACUCAAGACUAGUGACUGUCUAACCCAGUUCAGAAGGUAAUUCGGAUACAACUCUGAUAUAAACAAUUACAGCUAGUAUUUCACAGCUAAACCUAAAGAGCUCGGACUGCACUGAUAUUUCAAGGCCCGCUCAUAUCGCUUCACUCCGGACACCGAUUCGCCGCACGGGACUCAGACAUGGAGGCUCACAGCUCCGAGCGAUUGCUUUCAAGGAAGAGGAGGAAGGAAGGAUCCAAUGGAGAGGCAGAGGAGGGAGAGAGGCCAGGGAAGGCCCUACGCCUCACUGUGGGCUUGACAGACCCCGCCCCUUUCGCUGACCAGCUGGAGCCUGCGACCACGCCCUACCAGCGUGUCAGCAUGGAGGAGGCACAGAAAGGUACCCCAUCGGACCGAGCAGUGCGAGUGUAUGCCGAUGGGAUCUUUGACCUGUUCCACUCGGGACACGCCCGCGCUCUGAUGCAGGCUAAAGGGCUCUUCCCAAACACGCACCUCAUCGUGGGCGUGUGCAGCGACGACCUGACGCACAAGUUCAAGGGCUUCACCGUCAUGAACGAAGACGAGCGCUAUGACGCGGUCAGCCACUGCCGGUACGUGGACGAAGUGGUGCGCAACGCGCCCUGGACGCUCACGCCAGAGUUCCUCGCUAAACACCGGAUUGACUUUGUCGCCCACGAUGAUAUCCCAUACUCCUCUGCAGGGAGUGACGAUGUUUACAAGCACAUCAAGGAAGCAGGCAUGUUUGCCCCCACCCAGAGAACAGAAGGCAUCUCCACCUCUGACAUCAUCACGCGCAUCGUCCGUGACUACGACGUAUACGUACGACGCAACCUACAGAGAGGCUACACUGCCAAAGAACUCAACGUCAGCUUCAUAAAUGAGAAGAAGUACCACCUGCAGGAGCGCGUGGACAAGGUGAAACGUAAGGUCCGGGACGUGGAGGAGCGCUCUAAGGAGUUUGUGCAGAAAGUGGAGGAGAAGAGCAUCGACCUCAUCCAGAAGUGGGAGGAGAAGUCUCGCGAGUUCAUCGGCAACUUCCUGCAGAUGUUUGGCCCAGAGGGGGCACUGAAGCACAUGCUGAAAGAGGGAAAGGGCCGGAUGCUCCAGGCCAUCAGCCCGAGACAGAGCCCCGACAGCAGCCCCACGCGGGAGCGCUCCCCCUCCCCCACCUUCCGCCUGCCCUUCUUCAGCAAGACCUCCCCUCCCCCCUCCCCCCCGCACCACAGCGCCUCCCGCGGGUACACCAUCAGCGAGGAUGAGGAGGACGAAGACGAGGACUAACGCCCUUUCCUCCCCGCUCUGCAUCCUACAGCAGCCCUGCUCCUCCCUCCUCCUCACUCAGCAGUCUCCAGCGGCCCUGCUCCUUACUCCUCCCCGCCGGGACGUGGAGGGGAGCGGCAGAGGUAAACUCGUGAGAUAAGCGACAGCCGGCGGUGAGUCUGCUGGUGAUGGUGAACAUGCCACUGGACAUUCUGCAGCGAGGCGGAGGAGAAGUGGCCUGCAAUCACGGGGCUCUGCUUUCUGUGCAGUCUGCAUGUAUGUAUGUACAGUAUGUGUGUGUGUGUGUGUGUGUGUGUGUACAUACGGAUAUUGCCUUACCUUUGAGACAGGUGAAGAACUCAUCUGAAUGUUUUUGGUGGGGGUCCUUGAGGACAUGAAGCUGGGUGCUGCCCCCUCCUGGAGCAUGUGGUCCGGUGCGCCCCUGCCACUUCUCUCUUCUGCCUCCCCUUUCCUUGUGUCUCACCGCCAAUAUCACGCGUAGUCACUCAUUCAUACGUGUUCUCACACACACACACAUACGCACACACUACACACACACACCAAGAGAAAAACACUAUCCUGCAAGCAGUGACCACAGACCACAGAAAGGCAAUCAGUGGACAUUUCAAAUUCGACUGCAAUGAUGAUGUUCAUGGGAUGUUCACAGUUCACAGUUCACAGUGAUAUACACUCAGUGAGCACUUUAUUAGGUAUUUCUUAGACUUAUUUUUUAGACUUAGUCUUCUAUGCGUUGUGCAUUCAGAGAUGCUCUUCUGCAUACCACUGUUAUUUGCGUUACUGUCACCUUUCUGUCAGCUUUGACUAGUCUGGCCCUUCUCCUCUGACCUCUCUCAUGAACUAGGCAUUUCUGCCCACAGAACUGCUGCUCACUGGAUGUUUUUCACACCAUUCUCUGCAAACUCUUGAGACUGUUGUUUGUGAAAAUCCCAGGAGAUGAGCAGUUUCUGAGAUACUCAAACCACCCUAUCUGGCACCAACAAUCAUUCCAGGAUCAAAUUCACUUAAAUCAAAUUUUUUUCUCCAUUCUGAUGGUUGAUGUGAACAUUAACUGAAGCUCCUGACAAAUAUCUGCAUGAUUUUAUGCAUUGCACUGCUGCCACACGAUUGGCUGAUUAGAUAAUCGCAUGAAUAAGUAGGUUUAGGUGUUCCUAAUAAAGUGCUUGGUGAGCGUAUAUUGACCAUUAACACUACCACUAGUGUAAUUGGGGAGUUGUGCAUGUACCAGGGGAUUGGAAGGUAUUACGCCAUUGCAUUUGUACUUUAUAUCUUAAUGUUGUCCACUGUUUAAAAAGCAUACUUUUAAUUUAUCCCAAUCUGAAAAGAUCAGUUUCUUGAAAAAUGGAAUGGAUGUAUGUUUUGGAACCAUAUUUAUUUUGGUUGUUGUAUUCCUGCCAUGGAAGGGCAUUUUAUCUUCCUGUCCUCCUCUUGUGCUGACAUGAAGGGGUGGAGGGCAUUUUUAAGCACUGCUGAAUAUGAAAGUUGUUCUCGUCUCUACAUGAUUGUUCCCAUUCAGUCCCCCAACACUCAUGUAGCUGAAUGUUGUCUGUAGCAGAAAAAUGUUUAAAAAGCAAAAAUAACCAGAAAGCCAUAUUUUGUGUUCCACGUACUACUCCAUUCUUAGACCCGCGUGGAGAGAGGGAAGUUUAGUUACUGUUAUUACUGAGGUCGUCUCUACUUCUCACAUGCCCUUUCCUCACCUUGUUUGAGAAAGGUCACCUCUUUGAACACACAGGCCAGUAUCUGUGUGCUACAGUUCAGUGUUCAGGGAUGUCUUAGUUUUAUCUUCCUGGUAUUAUUGUAUUAGCAAUUGUAUAUUUUACUGCGUGUAUAGAUGAGAUUAUUUUGCCAGUUCUUUGAUUUAAAUUUUCUCUAGAGUGUGCAUUUCAGCUGCCACUGUUUUAAACUCUGUUUUUAAUGGGUGCCUGUAUUUCAUUAGUCACAAAGGGUUUCAGAAACGAGGUGUUAACAGUUUCAGUUCUUGGCUCCAGUGUGCGAUUCAACCUCAAAACUGAAAGAAUUUUCAGAAUUAGCAUUAAAAUUUUAAAACGCCACAGCAGACAAUAUACAAAUAUUUGCUUUUGUUUGUUUCUUUUCAAAGUGUUGUGAUCUUUUGAUUUUGUCAUUGGAUAGUCUGUUCCUUCCUGCUGUCUGAUGUGGCAGAUAUCAGGCCUGGUCAUCUGUAAUCAUGUCAUGGGCAAUGAUUUUAAACCUCAGUGUUUUUGUCAUAAUUUUAUGCAAUUGUGACUUUCUACCUAGGAUGCGUCAUAUGUCUUCUUUUUGUACAUCUGUUCGUCUGGAUUAUUACUGUCUGUAUAACUCUGGCUCUAAGAGCUCGGUUUCCCUGACUCGGUUUCAAAUGACUGUUUUGGCUUUGGUAUCAUUACCCCGUCAUAUUCAACAAUACAGAAUACUGCAAUGGGAAUUUAGAAAAAGAAGUAGAAAAUGUAAGUUAAAAAUAAAUUACAGAAAAUGAAACCCA